AGCACAUAUAUGCACGUGCCGAAAGUAACACUUGCGUUGGUGGUUGUUUGGACAAGACGGCAAGCGAAGGAUAGAGAUGAGUUCACGUGAUGCAUGAACUUCAUGGUGCAAUUAUAUUAACCAAAGUUAACUAAAAUCUUAUACAUAAAAUGAACAAAUUGUUUAGGGUUAAAAGGACACUGGUUGCAUGUUACAUGAAUUAUUGCAUGUAACAGAUUUUCUUACAAGAAAGUUAUUGUAGACUUAACUAGUGGUCCGUGGUGAAACGAAUACUGUAUAAAGAAAUAAAAACAGAGAGUGAAUUUCUCUAUAAUAUAUUAUAGAGAAAAUGAUGAAAAUAAAGCCUUCUUCCUGCAAGUUUCCAUAAGUAGAUUUAACCAAAAAGGAAAGUGGAAAGAAGAUUGGUAAAAUCGAUCUUGAGUGGCUCUCCUCUCUUUUAAUGGUGGAGAUUGGAGAAAAUAUUUAGUAGACUUUUUCUUUGUUAUUCAUCAAAAAAUUUGGUAAUUUUAUAAUUUUGCCAAAAAUGUCUCAGCUUCUCAUCCGUCUCUCCGCCAAGCUCUCUUCCCGGAACAACAAUGUUUGCAUCCACAAGUGCUUUCGUUUGUUCUCAACCGGCCCGUACUUGACACUUGGUACUAGGGUUCAAGAAGUUUUGCCGAGCGGCUGCAAAAUUGGAGAUGUUCUCUUGUUUGACCCGGCAAAAGAGCAGAUACUGACUCUCCAUGACAAAACAAUACCUAAAGAGCUCAAGGACGAAGAAAUGAUUGGAACUUCCCAUGGAUGGAGUUUUUUCUAUGACCGUCAUGAUCGUAUCGUACGUAUCAGCGACAUUUUCAGUCCUUUUGCAUCCAAAUCAAACCCCACCGUGAUUCCUCUGCCUCGGCUUACUGAUCUUCCCAGUGAACAAAUCGAACAAGUAUGUAACGUAGCAAUGUCGUCUUCCUCUCCUCUUGGUGAUGAAGACUGUGUAGUGGCUAUCAAGUUUUCAGGUGACCAGUUGAGUCUGUGCAGGCCCGGUCGUGACCUUGAGUGGACUAACAUCUUAACCCCUUUCCACUGCUGUGAAAACUCAAAUGUCAUGUAUUCAAAAAGAUACAAGAGAUUCUACUUAUCUGCUCCUGGAGGCAUUCACUUUUUCUCCUAUCAUCUAAAUGAAAACACUGAGCACCAUAAGUUGGUCUACCGCGACCAUCCAGAGCUGGAUCAGUCUGAGUGGAAGACUUUGAGUAUGUGUUCAAGGAGGGAAUACCUUGUGGAGUCAUCCUCUAGUGAUGAACGUUACCUAGUCAAAUGGUACGCUCAUGGCUCCUACUCAUCGGUGUUAAAUGGAAUUGAUUACCAAACAAAGAGGUUCAUGGUGUUUAGUGAGGAGGAGACGGCUGAAGGAAAAUUCAUGUGUUACACAGAAGAUAUUGGAGAAAUGUGCAUUUUCAUUGCAAGUAACGAGACUUUCUGUAUCCCGGCUAGCUCAUGCCCCGGUCUGAAACCUAGCACCAUCUAUUUUAUGGGACAUGGCUUUGGUUCUUAUGAUCUCACUACCGGAGACACACAUCAUUAUAAAGCUCCGGACGGUGUUAUCACCACCCCUUGCUGGCUUCCUCCAGUUUCUAUCUAGUCAUACUAUUGCUGUCGCUUUUAUUUUCUCUUAACCGGUUUGGACUGCUAAGAUUUAAGACAUUGUUUUUUUUCACGAUUCAGUUAGAUUUUUAAGUGAAACCAUCUUGCAACAAAUAUUGAAUCUAGGACGCUUAUCUGACAAUUCGUAUGAUUAUUUUUUUUUUUAAAUAUUUCUUCAUAUACCUAGGUGAAUAAAAUAGCUAAGUGUCAAGGCAGUUGCAAAAGGAGCUCGGUCUGGUGGUCGUUAAGCUUCAGACCAACCUCUUAUUGUAAACAUCCGGCUUUCAAGUUUGAAUGGUUCAUGAGACCUUCUUUGAUGUAAAAAAAAAUAUGUCAAGGCGGGUAUAAACUUUUUUUUGGGAAAUAUUUAUGUGUCUAUAAGCUCUCAUUUAUUUUAACAUUGAUUCUAUUAGUCUAAUGAUCGUAAUGUGACAUGUUAGCCAAAAUUAUAGAAAAAAUGACAAACUAAAUAACAGAGUAAAAAAAAGGAACAUCAUAGCAAAUCCAAAAGCAAACACACCAACCAAAGAACUAGACAGAACAUGGAGGAAUCCAGAAAGGGGAGAAAGGCAUCAUUUUGGGAAGUUCAAAACAAGUGACAGCUCCAUUAGCGAGCUCGCAGAUAGAUACGCAAUGAUCCAUCAUGUAGAUGGAGUUGGGCUUGAGACCAGGGCAGGAGCUUGCCACAACGCAAAAUGGAUCGUUCUUUGAAAGGAAGAUACAAAGAUCUCCAAUGUCCUGGGUGUAACACAUGUUUCUUGUUCCUUUUGCAGUGACUUGGUCCUCCUCUCUAAACACCAGCACCAUCACCAUCGGUGUAGGAGAUGGAUUGCAUCCCUCCACAAGGCCCAUCAAAUAACAGGCCGUAGCCCGACAAUUUCGGUUGAGUUUAGUCGGCUUAGCGGCUAAAGACGUUGGCUCGACCCUAGAGUACUUUAAGCCAAUCGGCUAAGAUGAUCAGUCGUACUCGGCUUAGACGAAAUAAUACCAAGGCCCGCAUACUCGGCCUUUAGUGACAGGGCCCAUAGGAUAAGUGCGAUUAGGGCAUCACGAACAGAGGCGCUAUAAGAGUGGAGGAGGAGGCAACGAGCAGAGGACUUUUGGACAACCUACACACUAAGCGGCUAGAUCUAGGGUUUCUAAACGAUCAUUCUGAUCUUGUUGCUUAGACCUCACAUCUUGUCUCCUUAUUUCCCAUCAAUCUUGUAACCCUUUGUCGGAUUCUAAUAAAAACGUCUUUAGUCACCCA